GUGAAAGUGAAAGAAAGGGAGAAACUAGUGGAUGGUCCGGGCAUCGGCCACGUUAGAGAGUUGGCGGCAACCGUAGUAUUUUAUUUUAUUUUUCAUAUAUAUAGUUAAAACAAAAACCAUCAAAUGGCGAUUUCUUCUUCUUCUUCUUUAAACCAUGAGGAGGAGUCGGUUGAUUUCAUCCUUCCUCUCUUUAGGGUUUCGUCGCCGGACCUCUACCACCGCUUUCCGUCAAUUCUCAACUUCCAUUAAUCCAGGACCGCUUACACAGUAUAAACAUCUUGUCAAGGAAGGACAACUACAGUUUGAUCCGUAUCAGGAGAAAGUUGCUUUGGAAUUAGAUAACUUGCUUGAAAGAUUGGUUCAGUUUGACAAGGAAAUGGAAGAAUAUCAUAUCAAACUAGCCAAGUGGGAAGAAGAUCGUGAGAAUGAGAGGCGUAGGCUGUUAUUGAAGGAAGCCGAGAGUAAACAGCAAAGAGGUGAAUCGUUAGACAAGGCACACAAUAGAUUCUUGGGCAAGUGGCUCGAUAGGAAAAAACCCGUGAAUGUAGAACCUGGAGUUGGGAAAUGGGUUUCAUAUCUAAAUCGAGAAAGGAAGUUGGAUUCAGUAGUUGGCACACGUCCCACUGUACCUACAGCUCCUAAAGGGUUAUAUAUCUAUGGGAAUGUUGGAAGUGGUAAGACGAUGCUAAUGGAUAUGUUUUAUAAUUCCACCAAAGGAAUUGUAACACACAGAAGAAGAUUUCACUUUCACGAGGCUAUGCUAGAUAUAAAUGAGCGUAUGCAUAAGGUAUGGAAGAAUCAAGUGCAUGAAAAGUCUAUGCAAUCAAACAUUGCUAAUUGGAUAAUGAGCCUUCCUUUUGAUACUAAAGUUAAGGAAUGGGUGGCUGCAGAAGAAAGUUACAAGGAGGAGAUGCAAAUGAACAAUAUUCUUCCUGUUGUAGCUGAUAAGUUUCUUGUUGACCAGCGCAAUGACAAAAGAGGAGCAAGCAUACUAUGUUUUGAUGAAAUACAGACUGUUGAUGUUUUCGCUAUUGUGGCCUUAUCUGGAAUUAUAAGCAGAUUGCUAAGUACCGGAACUGUUCUUGUUGCCACGAGUAACAGAGCCCCAAGCGACUUGAAUCAGGAUGGUAUGCAAUGGGAAUUCUUCUUGAAGCUUCUUGCGAAAUUGGAAGACCACUGUGGAACUCUUUUGAUUGGAAGUGAAACAGAUUACCGCCGUCUGAUUUCGCAAAGAUCUAUUAACCGGGUGACCUACUUUUAUCCUUUGAACAGUGUUGCAACCAAGAAGUUCGAGACCGUGUGGGAGGAAACUAUACAAAAUUUUGGCGGACAAGUCAUCUCUGAAACCAUCUCAGUAAUGUUUGGCAGAAAGUUAGAAGUUCGUGAAAGCUGUAACGGUGUGGCAAAGUUUACAUUUGAAUAUCUAUGUGGUCGGCCGGUGGGGGCAGCAGAUUACAUAGCUGUGGCCAAAAAUUAUCAUACAGUCUUCAUUUCAGAUAUCCCCAUGAUGAGUAUGCGGAUUCGUGACAAGGCUCGGAGAUUUAUCAUCCUUAUUGAUGAGCUAUACAAUUAUCAUUGUUCCUUAUACUGUUCAGCAGCUUCUUCUAUUGACGAACUCUUUCAGGGAACAGAAGAGGGGACUCUUUUUGAUAUAGAGAGUUUCCAGUUUGAAACAGAGACGGAAGGUUCAAAGCUUCGUCGAGACGUUUUAGCAGAGGGAAAUACUGGUUCAGGAGGUGCAACUGCCGCGAUCAUUUCUAUGCUUUCUGGGAAAGAGGAAAUGUUUGCUUUUCGUCGAGCAGUUUCACGUCUCAUAGAAAUGCAAACACCAUUUUACCAGGAAAGAGUACGCCUUUAUCAUCCACUUUUUCAGGCAGGUGGCAAGGUCGUGGAGAGCAAUAAUACGUCAAACAUGUUACCAGUAUAGCAGUGGCUCUUAUAAGGUAGAUCUGCUUUGCAUGAUAAUAGAAAUUUGAGGAAGAAGACAAGUGGAAAUAAUGUUGUAUAUUUACGAAUGCUAAACGUAAUGUUAUAUUGGUGAUGAAGUGACAUAGGGAACCUAUUUCAAAGCCUACCUUAUACGCAAGUAGAAAAUUGUCAGAUUGUAUCUCUCUAUUAAAAGAGUGGAUUCAUAUUCUGUGCAUUUUGUAUGUGUUUGUGUCUAAAAAAUUUCCAGAUUGCCUACA